UCGGGGCUGGUGCAGGGCAGAGGGGGAGUUCUGCAGGGUCAAAAAUACACAGGAGCUGCAAAUCAGAGACCUCAGCAGACCUGCGCAACUUUUCUAACAAGCACAGUUUGUUUUUUUUAUUUUUGUUUUUUUUUUGUUUUUACUACUUUUGAUUUAAACCCUGGUCGCUGCAAAGAUGACCACAGCCGUGGUGUCGCCUUUCUUCGACUUCGAAGUAAUGAACAAGAACAACAAACUGCUCAGCUACAACAACAACUUGGGUGCCCCCCAUCCCAUGUCUGUCCCUUGCACUGGCACUAAUGUGCCCAUCUCCAGCCCCGCCGGAGCCCUGCUGGACAGGAAGGCGGUGGGAUCUCCCUCAGUGGGAGGCGUGUACCAGCGGCGGCACUCUGUCAGCAGCACAAAGUUCAGCCAGAACCAGUUUCUGAACAGCCUGAAGGCAGCGGACCACUCCUCGCUCAUCUCAGGGGUUGGCAACAAAGAGAACCGCAUGCGAGACCGCUCCUUUUCUGAGACGGGAGAGAGGCCCCUCAACAAGUGUCUGGGCCCUGCCAGUCCCACCAGCGGCGGCAGCCAAGUGAACUCCAGCCGUUACAAGACGGAGCUUUGCAGGCCCUUCGAGGAGAAUGGCUCCUGCAAGUACGGAGACAAAUGCCAGUUUGCUCAUGGAAUCCAUGAACUUCGCAGCCUGAGCCGCCAUCCCAAAUACAAAACUGAGCUGUGCCGCACCUUCCACACCAUCGGUUUCUGCCCAUACGGGCCUCGCUGCCAUUUCAUCCACAAUGCUGAGGAGCGCCGUGGACCUCCCCAGCAGUGCUCCCCUCUUAACUCCUCCAACAGGAUGGAGAAGCCUCGACUGCAGCACAGCUACAGCUUUGCAGGCUUUUCCAGCUCAGCUGGGCUGAGAGACAGCCCCACCUCGGUCACCCCUCCACCCAUGUUCUUCCCUGAUGAGGUCCCCGACUGGCCCAGCAGUAACCCCUUCACCUACUCCAGCCAGGAGCUGGCCAACCUGUUCGGGCCCAGCCUCAGUGCUGGUCCUGUAGGCACAGAGCCCAACACCCCUGCACCUCCCUCUCCAACAAGCACGCCUUACUAUUUCAGACCCAUGUUGGAGUCCCCUCAGAUGUUCGAGUCUCCAUCCAGCCCUCCCGACUCUCUGUCAGACCAAGAGGGCUAUCAGAGCAGCUCUGGAGGCAGCCUUAGUGGCUCUGAGUCCCCCACGCUGGAUACCACCCGCCGCCUUCCCAUCUUCAGCCGCCUUUCCAUCUCUGAUGACUAGACUGCACGCACCCACCAGUGACUUUACGUUCGAUGACACAAAGAGAACACGGCACUCCCCUCUACCUCUGCCCUUUUCCUAUGCUUCCCUGACACAACACCGUGUUAGUUCCUUGUUAGCAUUGUAAGGAUGUAAUCAAUUAAGGGAACUCUCAGCUCAAAUUCAUCAUUUCACCCCUGUAAAUCCGCACAGCAAGUUUUAAAAAGUACCCUGCCAUGUGUCAUAGUGCCAAAAAAAAGGAGAGGAAAUUGAACAAUGAAAAUCACAAGAACAAGAAUUGACUGUUUUGCCAGGUGCCACUUGUUUUUUUUUUUUCUUUCAUUCUUCUUUAUUUGUUCUUGAAUGUGUAGCAGCACAAGUGGCCUUGGAAAGGGGAGUGCAUUGCACUAGCCCCCCCCCACCCCAAACCCCUUCUCCCUCCCUCCUCCCUGACGAUACCACUUCCCCUGAGCUAGCUAGAGGGUGCUCACUAACGUAACUGUAGAUCUACCGCAGCCGUUUUUACAGACUGAGUUAAGACAAAAAGGAAAAAAAAUAAAGACCCUGAAAAGAUAUGAAUAGUUUUUAAAAGAGAAAAAAGUGCCUGGGGCGGUUUCUGCAUGUGUUUAGGGUGAAUGGACUACUGUUUGUUUUUGGUUCUUUCUCAUUUGCCCCCUUCCACCCCCCUUGUCACGGUUCUUCUCAAGCCCUGUCUUAUGUAAUUGUGGACUGGGUGAGUCUGCAGGAAGGACUUUGAACUGGAAGUUGGUUAUGUCCCCCCCCCCUCCUGAGUUUUCUCCUCCUGUUGCUGGUCACUGGCUCUUCUUUUUUUCUUUUUUUUUUUUGGGAAGGAAGUCUUGAUAUCAAACUGAUCAUUAAACCUGUAAGACUUUGUCCUGCCUCUCAACCCUGCCCCCCCGCCUUCAUCCUCACCGAUCUGGGGAAUUCCAGCAUUCCCAUGGUGCAGUUAUACAUCCUGCGACUUGACGAGAUCGGAUCUCCAAGCUAUUUUACUUUACCCCCCCCCCCCCCCCCACUUUAGUACCUGCUCCGAGGAGCAAUCUGUACUCAUUACAUCCCUUUUUUUGCUUUCUUUAUUUGAUAAUUAUUUUUUAUUAAUGUUAUUAUUACGGUUAUUAUUGUUUGAAAAAAACUUUCCAGACAGAAGGUUUGCUUGUCACUGCUUAUUUAACUUAUCAGAACAUAUUUAUUGCUGAUCAUAUGCAUUUUUUUGUUAAUUUUGUUUUGUAUUUAUCUGGAUAAUGAACAAUAGAAUAUAUUUUCUUUUAUGUUAAAUUAUGAUCUUCCAUAUUAAUCUAAAGAUUGUGAAGACGUUUUUGUCAGUUUUCCUUUUUUUCACAGUUUAAUAUAUUGUACUUCAAUGACUUUUGUUCUGCAACUACACUUUGUCAAAAAUGAAACUUAAUUUAAAGCAACAAAAAAAAGCAAAAAAAGACGUUUUGCGUUUUGAUUAUUUAUUGUACUUUUUUUUUUUUUUUUUUCUUACUCCCUCUUAUUGGACUGCAAUUCCAUCUAAAGUAGAUUUUGCUUGUAUUCAUUCCUGACGUUUCCCCCUUCACAUCUUACAAUAAUCUGACAGUAACAGUAGCAAACUGUUAUCACAUUAAUUCACCUCGUCUGGUUUCGUCUCAGAUCUUCUGAGUUAUUUACUCACAGUACUUGGGUUGAUGGUGGAAGUAAAGGGGUGCUGACAGACCCCUCACAUCACUGGUUUAGGAGAGUCUCCACGUUAGACGACUGGUUAUGUCGAAAUGUCUUGUUCUUAACACCCAGUCUGUUAUUACAAGCAAUAGCUGUGACCAAAUGGGUUGAGGAAAGUUUGUUUUUCUUUUUAAUUUGAUUGGAUGCUUGAUGCACUUGCUUGGCCCCCUCUUGACCAUUGGAAGUGCCUCUUUGAAUACAUUCCAGGUAGCUAAGGCUUUCUCUGCCUUUUUAUAUUUGAUAAAAUGGAGGACAAUUAAGGUUUUUUUUUUUUUUUUUUAAAGUCACUUGUUCUGUGUUGCCUUCACGUGUUUUGGAAGAGGUGAACAGAUUUUUGACACAAAGAAAGUAAAACAGUUGAAUGUAUUUUUUCAGCCAUGUUUUUUCACUACAGUAAUUUCUGUGAGUUUAUAUGAAAACCUGUUUUUUUUCUCCCUCUUUUGUAAGUAUUGAUUGCAGUUAAGUCAAUAAACCCCGUAUUUUUUGAAAAGUUAAA